AUGGAUAGCUAUUUGUAUCGCUUCAAGUUCGUGCGCUUCCUUUUUCUUCUCUCAAUAUUGUUCCUUGUUUUACUCACUGCCUCUUUAUCUUCUCUGCAGCCAUUUUGUCAUGAUGAUGAGAGAUCUGCCUUGUUGCAAUUCAAGGAUAGCUUUAUAAUAAAGAAGUCUGCUUCUCUUGAUCCCUUUGGGUAUCCAAAAGGCGUUGCAUCAUGGACUCUAGAAGGAGCGAAUAGUGAUUGUUGCUCAUGGGACGGGGUUGAUUGCAAUGGGGACACAGGUCAUGUGAUUGGCCUUGACCUCAGUAGCAGCUUUCUCUACGGUUCUUUUAAUUCCAGCAAUAGCCUCUUCGGCCUUCUUCAACUUCAGAGGCUUAAUCUUGCUAAUAAUGACUUCAACGGCUCUCAAAUCCCAUAUGGAGUUGGCAAUCUUUUGAGGUUAACCUAUCUAAACCUCUCCGACUCUGUGUUUUCUGGACAAAUCCCCUCAAAGCUGUCACAUCUCACCAAACUCACUUUUCUAGAUUUGUCAUGGAACAUUCUUAUAGGCCACAUCCCUUCUUCCUUCUUUGCUAACCUGACUCAACUACGUUAUCUAUACCUUUCACAUAAUAAAUUGAGUGGGACCCUGGAGUUUGACAUGUUUCUUAAAAUCAAAAGUUUAAGUGUGCUUGAUCUAUCAUCCAACAAUUUGACAUUGCUAACCAAGGCCAAUUCAAAUGAUACUCUUCCACAGUUUCACACUCUAGGAUUGGGUUCUUGCAACUUACAAAAGUUCCCAGAUUUUUUACGCAGCCAAAACAAAUUGAGUUGGCUUGAUCUGGGAGACAACAAUCUUGAAGGCCUAGUACCUAGAUGGAUGUAUAAUGCAAGUAGAGAAUCUCUAGUGAGAAUAAGCCUUUCUAACAAUUUUCUAAAAGGCUUUGAACAAUCUCCGGUUGUUCUCCCAUGGUCUAAUCUAGCUAGUUUAUAUCUAGACAAUAACAUGCUGCAAGGAUCACUCCCCAUUCCACAACCAUCUAUCAAUACUUAUCGAGUCCAAAGGAACUUGAUAAGAGAAAUGUCACCGUUGAUUUGCAAUCUCAGUUCACUUUAUGAACUUGAUUUAUCCUAUAACAAAUUGAGUGGUAAGCUCCAUCCAUGUUUAGGAAACUUCAGUUCUCAUUUGUCAGUACUUAACCUACGAAGCAACAACUUUUGUGGCACCAUCCCAAAAACAUGGGAAAAGGGAAGCAAAUUAACGGUGAUUGAUUUAAGUGAAAACCAAUUACAAGGUCAGCUACCAAGAUCAAUGGCUAAUAGUAUGAUGCUAGAGUAUCUUAAUGUUAGUAGCAAUCAAAUCAAUGACAUAUUUCCCUUUUGGUUGGUUUGCAAUCUGCGUUCACUUGAACUACUUGAUCUUUCCUAUAACAACUUGAGUGGCAAGUUUCAUCCAUGUUUAGGAAACGUCAAUUCUACUUUGUCAAUACUUAUACUACGAGGCAACAACUUCCAAGGCACCAUCCCAAAAAUAUGGGCAGUGGGGAACAACUUAACGGUGAUUGACUUAAGUGAAAACCAAUUCCAAGGUGAGCUACCAAGAUCCAUGGCCAACUGUCUCAUGCAUGAGUUUCUUCAUGUUGGUAACAAUCAGAUCAAUGAUACCUUUCCCUUUUGGUUGGGAACUCUUUCUCGGUUGAAGGUUAUCGUCCUCCGUUCUAAUGCAUUCCGAGGUGCAAUAAAGGGUCUUGAAAUCAAUAAUACUUUCCCCGAGUUGCAUAUCCUUGAUCUCUCUCAAAAUAGUUUCUCUGGAAUUUUGCCCACAGAGUAUUUUCAACAUUGGAAUGCCAUGAAAGUUGUUGGAGGAAACAAAUUGAAUUACAUGGAGGUGAAUUCUACAGGAGAUGGGUUGGGUAGUUCUGGCCAAUGCACAAUCACAAUUACGAACAAAGGCACAAAGUUAAGUUACGAGAAAAUCCCAGAUGUGUUUAGGGUCAUUGAUUUCUCAAGCAAUAGAUUUGAAGGAGAAAUUCCAGAAGUUGUGGGGAGUCUUAAAGGACUUCAUUCGCUAAAUCUUUCCAAUAAUGCUCUCACAGGUCAUAUCCCAGCAUCUUUAGGGAACUUGACAAAUCUAGAAUCAAUGGACCUUUCCCGAAACAAGUUAUUUGGAGAGAUACCUUCACAACUAACCCAACUCUUUUCUCUUGCAUACUUCAAUGUCUCCAACAACUGUCUCACAGGACCUAUACCACGUGGAAAUCAACUCGACACGUUUCAAAAUAAUUCAUUUGGAGGUAAUACAGGAUUGUGUGGAAGCCCGCUAUCAAAAAAAUGUGGAGAUUUCAAUUACACUCUAACUCCACCUUAUCCUUUUGAAGAGAAUCAAAGCUCAGAGUCUUCAUUUGAAUUUGGGUGGAAAGUAGUUGUCAUAGGGUAUGGAUGUGGAUUUGUGAUUGGAGUUGUUAUUGGGCAAAUUGUUAUUACAAGGAAGUAUGGUUGGUUUGUGAAGAUUUUUGGAAAGAUGUAG